AUGGAGGUUGAUGAGAGACCAUUGGAGCAGUACUCCGAUAUUGGAGGUUGUGACAAGCAAAUCCAAGAACUCAUCGAGGCUGUAGUACCGCCAAUGACACACAAGGACCGCUUUGUCAAGCUCGGUACCCAUCCACCAAAGGGAGUUUUGCUGUAUGGACCACCAGGUGCCAAGCGUUUCGAUUCUGAAAAAGCAGGUGACCGUGGAGUGCAACGUACUAUGCACGAACUACUCAAUCAACUCGACGGUUUCCAACCGAAUGACGAGAUCAAGAUGAGAUUAUCGGCAGGUGUGCUCAAACCAUGUCAGAGUCUAUUUAGGGAAUUGCUGCGACUGCUAUCACUGCUAUACUAUUGCUAUUAUUGA